AUGACUGGACCGGAUGCCGUGGCUCUCCCUGUUUUCAAGGCUGGACACCGACACUCGGAGAGGCUUAGGGGCUCGCUGGGCCCCUGCCGGAGAGCCUGGCUGAAAGGCAGCUCCCUGUUCACGACCCGGAGCCCGAGGCCCUCACCCUGUGGCUGGGCCUGUGUGAUCCCUGGAGACACCAAGGGGCCUGGUCCCCUUCCCCCUCCCUGCGCGGCUCUAAGGACCUUUCUCCUCGGGGACAGGCGCUCCUGGCUCCUCCCUCGGCCUGAGCCGGCCCUGCCCGUGCCCCUCAAUGAGCCUACACAGGAGAACAAUUGGGUCCACAUCGCGGGCGCACAGCUGGCCAUUGAGAGGGACGAGAAUGGGGCAAGCGUGUUCCAUGGCCUGAGGGAGGCUCACUGCGAUGGCCUUGUCCCACUGCUGAACGGCUCCUUGUCAUGGCCCCUGUGGACCCCGCUGCCAUGGCCUGUCCCCCCGGCCCCACCCAGGAUGCACCCUGGAGACCGAGGUGUCAGGACAGACCCCCUGGGCAGCAGAGCUCCCUGUGAGGACAGGGUGGAUGGGCCAGACUGCGUCCUGAGCACCGUCCUCCUCCGAGACCAGCACGGGGUGAGUGAGCCCGUCGGCGAAUGCGGCCCCCGGGAGAGGUAA